AUGUCAUCUACGUUCCCCCAAACCAGAGCGCAAGCGGUGGCUUUGGAACAGCAAACUGAUACCGCCUUGUUAUCCUAUGCGUCUUUUGCUCAAAGCACCUCGUCUUCAGCCACCGCCGAAGAGUUGUCCCUCGAGAGACAGGUGGAUACACUUUUACACAAACGUGAUGAGAUUAUUGGGAUCUUGACACGUACGCUCGAGUCCGAUAAAACCUUGCCUGCUUCCAAGGUGAGCCAGCUAGCCAGACACAAGGAACUGCUCACAAACCACUGGCGUGACUUCGGGCGCAUCAGGGGGUCCAUACAGCAGGAACGUAACCGCAUGAACCUCUUGUUCUCUGUGAGAUCUGACAUUGAGGCACACCAGAAGCGUACGGAAUCCCACAACGAUACCCAUUUGGACGAAGACCAGUACAUGAUGGGCGAAUCCCGGAGGGUCGGAGAUGCCAACGGCGUUGCCGAUAGAUUGUUGGCGCAGGCAUACGAGACGAGAGAAGAGUUGUGGAGACAGAGAGGCGUUCUCGGGUCUGCCUCCUCGAGAUUGGGCGGUGUCAUCAGUACUAUUCCUGGUAUUAAUGUGGUGGUCAAGAAGAUCAACACCAGGAGAAAAAGAGACGCUGCUAUCUUGUCUGGGUUGAUAACCUUGUGUAUUCUCCUCUUGUGGUUUACCACGUAG